UCGGGUCAAGUAAGCUAGUGGCGCAUUUCCCAACACACAGAGAGAGGCUGCGCGAGGUCAGUAACAGCUGUUCCUUGCAGCUGGGUGAACGUGUUUCUUGUCUUGACUGUUGUAUAAACUAUCUAUUGUGAAAUUUCGUAGCAAAAAGAUCGUUAAACAUGAAGUUGAAGACAGAUUUGCUGGUGCAUCCAUCUGAGGAGCUCUCAGAGAAAAUCCGCAUUGAACUGAAGGAGGAUGUCACUACCAGAGACCGAGACCUGGCUGCCAUUAAGGAAUGGCUUCGUAAAGAACCACAUCUACCUAAUGAAUGGGAAGACAAUCCCUUGAUGACAUUCCUGAGAGGCAGCAGCUUUUCCCUGGAGAAAUGCAAACGCAAACUGGACAUGUACUUCACCAUGAGAGCCGCUUGCCCGGAGUUCUUCACCAAUCGCGACGCUACCAGUCCCGAACUGCGGGAGGUCUUGAAAUCCAAACUACAAGGUCCACCGCUACCAGGACUUACGCCAAAUGGAAGAAGAGUAACAAUUUGCAGAGGUCUCUACCCAGGGCUGGACUCUCAACAAAUCACAGACACGUUUAAGCUGGCUCUCAUGAUUGGUGACAUCCGUCUCGUGGAGGAAGUCGUGGGAGUCGCUGGAGAUAUCUACGUGUUGGACGGGGCUGUUUUAGGACCAAGUCUGCUGGCUAAACUGUCGCCGUCUGUUAUAAAGAAGUUUAUGAUCUGUGUCCAGGAAGCUUAUCCCGUGAAGUUGAAGGAAGUUCACAUCAUCAACACUUCUCCCGUCGUCGAGAGGUUCGUCAACUUCGUGAAGCCUUUCCUUAAGGAGAAGAUUAGGAAAAGGAUUUUCAUUCACAAGGAAUUGAAGGAUUUAUACAAAUACAUUCCUCAAGAAAUGUUGCCCAAUGAAUACGGCGGCAAGUGUGGAACAAUGGAUGAAUUACAAGCCAAAUGGACCCAAAAGCUCAUAGAAUACAGGGAGUGGUUCAAAGUGCAAGAUUUUCUGAUCGCCAACGAAAGCCUCCGUCCAGGAAAGCCUACCAACUAUGAUGAACUCUUCGGUAUCGACGGCUCCUUCAGACAGUUGGCCAUCGAUUGAUAUUUUAAACUUUGUCUUGUAUAAAAUGAAACGUCAGUGAACAUUAGGAUUGCGUGACUAAUAGAAUUCAAUGAACAAGGGAUUGUGAAACUUCACAGAGAGCCAUUAGUAAUCAAAGUUUCGUAAUCCCUAUGAAGUAUGCAAUCUUGCUGAUUCAAGGUCACCGAUUUAUAAAAGAAUCCUUGAAGAAAUAGUGCGUUUCCUGAAUUGUAUCACCAAUUUGGUAAAUAAAAUGGACAUGUCACAGUUUGAUUUAAAGCAUUUUGCUUAAUUUCUAUUUAAAUACUAAUAAAUAUUAUAAAAUAUUUAUCUAUCGAUGUGACUAUUCGACGUUUAGUCAUUAUUUUCGUUUGCUUUUAAACUAUACACUAUACCUACCGCAAUAUGCUGCGAUUCCAACAUUUCCAAAAAUAACAUAAUUAGUUGUUCAUCAGGUGAGGCGAUUUAUUUUAUACUAGGCAAAGAAUAGUUUCGAUUUUUUAUUUAAGAUCAUAGACAGAGAAUAAUUAUAAGUUGGCCGACUUAAUUGCAUACUUUUACAAUUUACUUGGACAACUGUUUAAUAGUGCGUAAUCAAAGGGAAAUCGAGAUUCUGAUGUUAUCGGCGUCCAAAUUAUUAGUUGGACUGUAGCAUUAGCUUUUAGCUUUGUCUGUUCUGCGGAUUAGUUGGAGAAGAUGGGCGGGGUCUCACAUUACGAGUAUACCUAUUAGCUUACUCUGCAAUUUAGUCGCCCAACUUACAAUUUUAUAUCUGCGGGAGUUCUUAAGGUUUGGGCAGACAGCGGACGAGGCUGAACAGCGACGCACUAAGUUGUCGCAGUGGAAGUGAUGAUUUGUGCGAUUUAUUCUUUACUUUAGUAACCUCGUUAUGAACUGUCUCGUCAAGCCAUAAAUGUCAAAAGACGGUCAAAAGGCUUUCUCAGGCUGAGAAGCGCACCAUCAGGAGGAUAUCGGUAAUCGGCAUACUUAAUGGCUAAUUUUAAAUCCUGAUUUUAACCCCAAUCAGAACACUCUUAAAGGAAAUUGGGUUCAUGUUUAAAAAUACUAAUGAAGGACGUAAAUACCUAAUAAUUAAUGGAACGACCAGAUAUUGUUCAUACCAGAAAUGUGAAAACUUUGUUUACACAUAAUCAAGAUAGGAUUAUAAAAGUUACUUUUCGAUACGUCAUUUCUUUUAUUCCUGGGCCCAUUACUAAGCGGCUUCGGUGUUUAAGUGCAGGUGAGAUAUAAAUGGGUGAAAUAUUAUUUAAGACCCGUUAGGAACGUUCAUGAUGAGAGCCGUGAUAGCCCAUUGGAUGUGACCUCUGCCUCCGCCUCCAAUUCUAGACGGUGUGGAUUCAAAUCAGGUCCGUGGCAUGCACCUCCAACUUUUCAGUUGUGUGCAUUUUAAAAAAUUAAAUUUCACGUUUCCCAAACGGUGACGGAAAACAUCGUGAGGGGACCUGCAUACCUUAAAAUUUUCUUAUUUCUCUACUUGUUUGAAGUCUGCCAAUCCACCUUGGGCUAGCGUGGUAGACUAUUGGCCUAACCCCUCUUACUCUGAGAGGAGCCUUGUGCUCAGCAGUGAGCUGAAUAUGGGUUGAGAAUGAAUGACCGUUUUUAACGAGCUUAUAUAAUGCAUUAUGCAUAACAACGACUCAUAUACGGCCGCGACGCUAACGGGAUAGUUAUUAGUUACAGUCGCAGUUCCCGUAACCGUCGCAUCGCCGCGCCGUUUCGUUCCGUCCGUUGUCUACUAAAACCAUUAUUAUAAUUAUACCAUUUUCAUUAGUUUUUGUGAUGUGUAAUUAUUAUUAAGUAUUAGUAAACUAUAUGUGAUAUUUUACGUUUGAUAGGCAGGUAUGUAAUUUAACAAAUUAAACUUAAUUUUCUCAUGUUAAAUGCCUACAGAGAUACCUAAUAGUUUAAAUAAUAAGUUAUUUUUAAGUGGGAUGGAUUUUGGUACACAAGAUAAUGUUUAUAGAAUAUUAUGGACUUCUUUGAAAUAAUCCAAAAAAAAUGUUGUUCCAAUUGAUAAGACACCGAAUUAUGUUUUUAAAAUGUUUGGUAAGUAAGGAAAAAUAAAAAAGCUGAAAAGCUGAUAAAUUAUG